AUGUGUCAGUUACCUACUAAAAAUUCAUUUAUCGAUCAGUCAACAAACUCACAAGAUCAAAGAAAUAUGGUUGGUUUUGAUGCUCGAAAUAAAGAUUCCGUAGCACGUUGUUAUCUAUGUCAAAUUUGUAUGUUAAUAUUGAGAAACCCUAUUCAACUUCUUUGUGGUCAUCGAUAUUGUCAUUCGUGUCUGAAUAUUAAAGAACAUUCUGUCGUAAAAUGUAUAACAUGCAAUGCAGAAACUACUCACGAUAAAAUAAUAGUUGAUCGAGGUUGUCAAAAUGAUAUGGAAACAUUAACAAUACUCUGUUGUUUCUGUGAUUGGAAUGGUAUCUUUAAAGAUUAUGAGAAACAUCUGUGUGCUAAUCAAUUGAAUGUAACUUGUCAAUAUUGUGGUAAAGAUUUUGUUGAUAAGAACUUAUCACUUCAACAUCAAUCAGAAUGUGGGAAAAUGACUGUCGAUUGUCCAUUUAAACAAUAUGGAUGUAUUGAACAAUUUCUUCGUAAAGAUACACACAAUCAUCUAUUAACAGAGAAACAUCAAAAUAUAAUGUCAAGUGUUUUAAUCGAAUCAGAAUCGUAUCUAAUGAAUAUUCAAAAUAAUCAACAAUUAACAUCUACAGUGUCUAAUGAUCAAUUAAAUAAAACUGUAGAUAUUAUUCUAAAUAGUAUAGAAGUAUUAAAUGAUGAUACACAACAACUUAGUUCACAAACUACUCAAGCUCAAUGGUUGUUAAAAGAUCUAACCGAAGACAUGUCGAAACUCAGCACAGCUGUACAAGAAACGCAAUCGUUUACAACAGGUCUUACUCCUAAUCAACAAGUACUUCAACAAAAUAUGAAUUCACUUAAACAAGAGAUAGAAGAUUAUCAAUCUAUAUCUUGUGAUGGUACACUUUUAUGGAGGAUUACAGAUGUUCAAAAGAAAAUGGCUGAUGCUCAAUCUGAUAAAGCACCAUCAAUCUAUUCACCUCCAUUUUAUUCAUCACCAAAUGGCUAUAAAAUGCGUGCUCGUCUCUAUCUAUAUGGUGAUGGUACUGCUAGAACUACACAUUUAUCUAUUUUCUUUGUUCUUAUGCGUGGAACAUAUGAUGCGCUUCUUCAGUUUCCAUUUAACUACAAAGUGACAUUUUGUCUUUAUGAUCAAUCCGAUAAACAAGAACAUAUUAUCGAUUCAUUUCGACCUGAUAUUUCAUCAAUGAGUUUUCAAAGGCCUCGUACUGAUAUGAAUAUUGCUAGUGGAAUACCAAAAUUUUUUUCAUUAACAAAACUUCAACAAAAUAAUAAUUCAUACAUUCGUGAUGAUACGAUGUUUAUUAAAGUUAUGAUACACUUUCGUGAAGCACCUAAAACACUUUUGCCGUAUAUAUUUAAUAUUAAUCCAGGAUUACCUACUACUGUACAGGAAACGAUGACGCAACAAGAAGUAGAAAAACAGAAACAACAAUCGACAGUAGAUACUAGCGUACCGGCAACUUCUUCUACGACACUUAAUUCGACAUAA